UGAGUAAUGAAACGCUGCCGUAUUAUCUUGCUUCUUUAACCUCUAUAAAUUAUACCUCGAUCUUCACUUGCUGUCUCUACUCUGUUAAACCCUAAAUUUUUUGCGCUCCUCAUUCAGUUGUCCCCAACAAAAACCCUAGCUUGCUUCAUCUACGAAAAUGACAGGAGAAGCAGUGAACCCAAAAGCAUACCCACUGGCAGAUUCACAUUUGACCAUUACAAUUCUUGAUCUCGUUCAACAAGCAGCCAACUACAAGCAGCUGAAAAAGGGUGCUAAUGAAGCAACCAAGACCCUGAACAGAGGUAUCUCCGAGUUCAUAGUGAUGGCUGCCGAUACGGAGCCUCUCGAGAUCCUUCUCCAUCUUCCCCUGCUUGCGGAAGACAAGAAUGUGCCCUAUGUGUUUGUUCCUUCGAAGCAGGCUCUGGGACGAGCAUGUGGUGUCACAAGACCCGUGAUUGCUUGUUCUGUCACAUCAAAUGAAGCUAGCCAAUUGAAAACACAAAUUCAACAACUCAAGGAUGCCAUUGAAAAGCUCCUGAUUUGAUAUGAAAUAUGAUGGAUGGUGUGCGUAAUCGGUGUGAUGGGCCUCUUGGGUGGCUUUGACUGCAGCACUAGGCAAUUGAGCUUAUAAAUCUUGAUCUACCUUUUAUGUUUUCUUAUUAUGCAUUGUGAGAUUGAGACAGCUUUUUUUGGAAUUAUAUUAUGCAACAUGAAUGGUGUAAUAUUACAGGUGGUUCGUGUGUUUGCUUUGGCUAUGAAUAUUAACUAAGUCAACAUAAACCAUCUCUGAAAUUAAGUCUUCUCUUACCUA